UUCGUCUGUGAUGAAUGCCGCAAAAUGGCUGUUCGAGGAUUGUCUGUGAGAAUUUCAGUGCUUCCUGUUUAUUUUGAAGUGCUAUCAUACACAACUGAAUGGUUUUUCCACCACAAAUCACUGAAGUUUUUUUAAAAAUUAUAACCCAUCAUCAAUCACCCAUGUGGCCAACUGAAUAAUAUAUGCGAAGCAUCAAAACGUGAAGGUGAAGCAGAGAAACCAGGAAGGGACUUAGAGAGACAACCGGUGCUGGUUCAACCCAAGAAAGCAGUGCAGCAGACAGAGUAACUCUGAUAAGAAGCAGCGUCAUGGAGAAUGUGGAAAAGCUGACAGUCUGGAUUGAACACUGCAGUGCACGCCAGAUGGUCCGGGUAAUCCCUGUGAGAUGUUUGAACCUUCAAGAGUACCAGAGCAAAAAAAUCAUGGCGGAUCAUGGGGUCACAGUUCAAAGAUUCUUUGUUGCUGACAACUCACAAGAUGCUUUGGAGGCUGCUAAGAGACUGAAGGCAAAGGAAAUUGUUUUAAAAGCUCAAAUCCUGGCUGGUGGCAGAGGAAAGGGCAGCUUCACCAGUGGAUUGAAGGGAGGAGUUCAUUUAACUAAAAACCCUGAUGAAGUGGAGAAGCUGGCAAAACAAAUGCUUGGAUACAAUCUCAUUACAAAUCAGACAACAAAAGAUGGUGUCAAAGUUAACAAGGUAAUGGUGGCAGAGGCCUUGGAUAUUUCCAGAGAAACAUAUCUAGCUAUUCUAAUGGAUAGAGCCUUCAAUGGACCAGUUAUAGUUGGCAGCCCACAGGGAGGAAUGGACAUCGAGGAAGUCGCAGCCACCAAACCUGAGCUGAUAUUUAAGGAGGUUAUUGAUAUCUUUGAAGGGGUUAGAGAAGAUCAGGCACUUCGAAUGGCGGCCAGUAUGGGAUUUAAAGGUCUACUGCGGCAACAGGCUGCAGAAGAGAUUAAGAAAUUGUAUCAUCUAUUUUUGAAAGUUGAUGCCAUCCAGGUAGAAGUGAAUCCCUUUGGUGAAACACCAGAUGGACAAGUUGUGUGCUUCGAUGCCAAAAUCAACUUUGAUGACAAUGCAGAAUUCAGACAGAAGGAAAUCUUUUCUCAGGAUGAUACCUCAGAAAGUGAUCCCUUGGAAUGUGAAGCAGCAAAGUAUGACCUCAAAUACGUCGGUAUGGACGGAAAUAUCGCUUGCUUUGUUAAUGGAGCUGGCCUUGCAAUGGCUACCUGUGAUAUCAUUGAACUUCAUGGAGGAAAACCAGCGAACUUCCUUGAUCUGGGUGGUGGUGUGCAAGAGAAUCAGGUGUACCAAGCCUUUAAACUAUUAACUGCAGAUCCCAAGGUUGAAGCAAUCCUUGUCAACAUUUUUGGUGGAAUAGUCAACUGUGCAAUAAUAGCACAUGGCAUAACCAAGGCAUGCCGUGAACUCAGACUGAAAGUGCCAUUGGUUGUAAGACUUGAAGGAACCAAUGUUAAUGAAGCCAAGCGCAUCCUGGAUGAGAGUGGACUACCGAUCACUUCUGCCAGCAAUCUGGAAGAUGCAGCUCAGAAGGCAGUUGCCAGCAUGGUCCCAAAAUAGCAGAAUGAAGGGCAUUAUCCCAUUAAUGAUCAUUCUUUAUACUGUAUCCUCCAAUCACAUGUUUCCACUAAUUUUAGAAUGAUAGAUUUUCUAUUUGUAUCUCACACAAUGAUCGAAUGAACAGAAAUAAUUUUCAAUAAAUUCAUACAACCUUCAGGGAUAGAUUUAUAAAAAGGUUUGUACAUGACAAGUUUUUACAAAAGUAUGGAAUUAUUUGUUUACUCCAGAAAGCCCUUGCAUGCUAAUAUCAUUUCUUAAUGUGAUUUUUUUGUGAAAAACUAUGUUUUUUUUUAAGAAUUUUGAAGCUUGAAUAUUAUAAUGGUACAAGAUGUUCUUUUAAAAUAUCUUUGUAACCUUCAUUUAUUGCAAGAAGGAGCUUAACCUUUGCCGUAAUCUUCAAAUUGACUAAAACAACACCAUUGCUUGUCCAGCCACAGACCUAAUCACAUUGGUGCUGUCUUAAAAGCCUUAAUCUUCAAUAUUGCUAAGGAAGUCACCUUGCAGCCAGCUUAGUCUGGGCAUGCAUAGAAUGUGGCAGGUGAAUAUAUUAAUUAUUCUCAUGGAUAAAUAAUCUUUCUUAACUCAGAUUUUUAAUAAUUCCACUUCUCUUUCAACAGUAUUUUCUUUUUAUAAAACUUUUUUUUAACGUGCUAGAACAUGACUGCCCAAACAUGUUUGUUUCAUUCUUCUAUGGCCUUUCUCAUACUUACAGUUCUUUAAACAAUUGUGAAACCAAGUAUAUCAGUGCAAGCAAGUUAAUAUAAAUUGUUCCUGUGGCUACCUUUUGUAGCAUCAGAUGUCUUCCAAAUAUGAAUAAAAUAUUUGAAUGAUAUGGAUGUGUCUGAAAAAUAAAUGAGUGUUUAAGUUCUCAAGAGAAGGCAUAUUGUGAUAUGUGAAUGCUUCAGUACCCCUUCCUUAAAGCUCCCUGAUAUUUUGAGCUUCAUGCUGUGAUUAAAUGAUGUUUAGUAAUUAAAAA